UUGAUUGGUGAAAAAGCAUGGGCUUAAAUGCGCGAAUUUAGCGGAGACUAUUGCGCGGGAAGGAAACGGGAAACUGGAGCCAGACGCCAGACUGCAGACUGGAGCUGGAGAUGACCCGAUAACCAAGAGAGCGGCUCCAUGGAUGAUAAUUGGAGAAAAAAGGGUGUAUUAUUUCCAAAAGCCAUUUAUCACAACAAAUUAUGGAAUUCCGUAUGCAGAAAGAACUGUUAAAUUAUUUAGCAGCUGAGGGAUUCCUUCAAGAUUUGGCAACUGCUGGUGUGAAGUACUUGCAAGCGAUUAGCGAUGUAAGAGCUAAAGGGCUGCUAGGCCCACCCUUGUGCUUUAGACCAGAAAUCAAUUUGACAAAGCUGGAGACUGUUUCAGAGUAUCUGUUCUUCAUUUUUACGAAGGAGCCUGCUCUGGUAGAAAAGCUCAUGCAACAGGUAGCAUUACAUGUUCUGAGGGAUUUUCUUGGUGGCAAAACCAUUCUGAGUGAGGCAGAUUUAGAGCAGAUUCACACGCCCCUGAGGUUAUGUUUUGAUGAAACCGAAAAUCUACACCUGGAGGACUCCUCCAAACUCCAGCUUGUCCUAAUCACAGGGGUCCUCUCAUCAUACUCAUCUUCUUCAAAUUACAUCCGCAGCAGUGUUUCGAGAUGCAAGGGCAAGGCUGGUACCUGUCCUGGGGCAGCGCCAAAGAGACAUCUUGGCGCGUGGAUUAGAGGUCGACUUUGCAAUUUUUGCAAUUCUGAAGAUAUUGAAGUGCCUGAGGAGCGUGACGUUGGAGAAGAAGUGAUCGGCACACUGCUUCCCUUAAGUGGAUUAGAUUGUUCUACAAAAGGAAAAACCAAAGCAAUCCGAGUCAUCUUCAGAGAUGACCUGUCUUCUGGGCUGCUGAUUGGAUGCUCUGUUCAAAUAUUGUGCAGACCGGUUGCUGUGCAGAGAUCGCCAAAUCUAGCCUUUCUUGCGUGCUCAAGGCCUGUGAGCGCUGCUUUGCCGCAAAAAAUCGCAAUUUCCGAUCCGCUAAAAGAUUUGUAUGCACAAUAUGAGAGCUCUCCUUGGGCUGCUGUUGCUGCUCUGUCGAUGCACCUGGGGAAAGAAAUCCUUCCACAGGGAUGCCUGUUCAACGCCAGAAUGGGCAUGCUUUUGAGCAUGGCAUCUCAGGGUUCGCACAGGCCGCUGCCUCUCUUCAUACUUGGUCGAGAAAAUAUACUCGCGUCGAAAGUUAUGGAGUCGGCAGCAAAACUUGCACCAAGGAGCGUUUUCCACAGCUGUCAAAAUGCAACCAGUGGAAUUGCUAAAAAGUCUGAAGAGGAUAAGGUGGAUCAUUUCAUUGAAGCCGGAUCACUGGUUCUGGCUUCUUGGGGAGUUUGUUUUGUUGGGGAAUGGACCGGGUUGAAGAAAGAAGCCAGGACUGAAAUUUUGAGUGCCAUUGAAAAGGGCGUUGCAACAAUUAAGUUGCCAAACAAUUUACUGGAGUUCCCCAUGAAAGCGUCUGUGUGGACUUACUGCCAUCACUUGGACAAAAAGCUUAUGAAACCAGUUAUUGAUGUUUUUGGGUUGCCUAUAACAGUGGACACGACUGACGAGGAAAACUUCUAUCUGGCUGAUUACAUUUUGAGAAAAGCUCUAAGCGUAAGGGAAAUCGUAUUGGAUGAACCAUUGUCAGAAGCAGAUUUAAAAUUGCAAAUUGCAUCAGUUGCUUCUAAAAAAGUGAAAGUAACUGAGGAAGCAGGCAAUUUGAUCAGAAACUACUUCGUAGCAAGCAGGAGAGCCAGAGCAAAUGGAGGGAGCUCAACUGAGCAGUGCUUGCCAAUUGGAGCUGUGCAAAAUCUGACCACCAUGGCUGAAGCCCAUGCUCGGCUUUCGCUUCGUUCAGAAGCGCUUGUUGAAGAUGCGAUCGUGGCCAUUGUAAUUUACGAGCAGACAAUGGUUUCUUUGUAUGGAUCUACGUUUAAUUCUCCCCCAGCAUGCAACCUUGGAGUAAACCUGACCUUCUCGAACAUUCAUCAAGCAGUUGAUGACUACAUGAAUUCAAUGAAGGACUGGGUUCAUAAUUAUGUCAGUUCUUUGCUUGGCAUUGAAGAAUAAAUGAAUUGAACUUUA